UAUGGAAUAGUGGACUAUUCCAUGUUUGACCUUUGACCCAAUCAGUCGCCAACAUGGCAGGAUCCGAACUUGCGGCAACUCUUUCCGACUCCAACAUGUCCGAAUCGCCUCCUUUCGUGAUCAAAACCGUCGAGAUGCACACAGGCGGCGAGCCCAUACGAAUCAUCACCGACGGGUACCCCAGAAUCGAGGGGAAAACCAUCCUGGAGAAGCGGGCAUACGUACGGGACCACCUCGACGUGUUCCGGCAGAGGUUGAUGUGGGAGCCGAGGGGCCAUUUCGACAUGUACGGUGCCCUUCUCGUAGAGCCAGACGACGAAAGCGCCGACAUCGGCGUGCUUUUCAUGCACAACGAGGGCUACAGCACCAUGUGCGGGCACGCGUGUAUAGGGCUGGGGCGAUAUGCGGUAGACAAGGGGGUAGUUCCCGCGAAAAGCCCGCAGACCGAGCUGGUUAUCCAGUGCCCGACCGGCCCGGUGAAAGUCUGGGUCGACUACCAGGACGGGAAAAGUGGGCGUGUCCGGUUCCACAGUGUCCCAGCGUUUGUCUUCGCACUCGACCAAGAAGUUGACGUGCCAAACUACGGACGCGUGAAGGUAGACAUCGCGUACGGCGGUGCGUUCUACGCCUUUCUCCCCGACAGCUCUCUAGGGUUAGAUCUCCGCACAGCUCCGGCUGAAGCUGUGAAAACCGCGGCCACUGCAGUCACGGAGGCCGUGAAGAAGGCCGUCCCGUUACGCCACCCGGGACACCCGGAUCUGGCGUUCCUGUACGGGACGAUUGUCACAGAUGGGCGGGACGAGUACGCCCCUACGCCGACGGUCAACACCUGCGUGUUCGGUGACGCCGCCGUGGACAGGUCUCCCACGGGCUCGGGCGUCACGGCAAGAGUUGCCAUACAGUAUCGCCGUGGGCAGAUCGACCCGACCAGAGAGCGGCAGUUCGCGAGCGGCGCCACGGGCUCCGUGAUGACCGGCCGGCCCGUCAGGGAGACCAAGUGGGGGGAGUUCGACGCCGUGAUCGUGGAGGUGGCGGGACACUCGUACUACACCGGAACAGCCGAGUUUACAGUCGAGUCGGACGACCCGCUGAAAAACGGCUUUCUUGUCAAGUGAUUGUCAACGUAUAAUUUUAUUAUAUAUGAAUGAAUGAAUGAAGGCCAUUAUUUUACACAUAUACUCACUGGGUUAACUACAGGUUACAACAAAAGAGUAUAAUAUACAGAUAACGUUACAUAUAUACAAUGUCAUGAGUAACGUAACUUUUUAAUGAAUGGAUGAAUGUACACAUACAUGUAUACCAUCUUGGUUAAGUACAGGUCACAACAGAAGAAUAGUAUACGGAUAACGUUAUGCAAAUGUACAUUGUCAUUACUAUUACAUGGUUGUUAAUGCACCAUUAUACAUCCAUGUUAUACAACCUUAAUUACCACCAACUUUCCUAAAGCAAAAUUUCUUCUCAUUUUUAUUUUAUCACAAGACGACUUGGUUGGCCCAACAACUUGUAAAAGUUGAUAUCUAAGUUUUAUUUGAGUUUCAGUGAUUUUUCUUACCCGAGAAAUGUGAGGUAAAUUGUAGAUAUAUGGGAGAUGUUGCUUCACAUAUCCUGCUACCUCAUGAGUUGAAGAUCCGUAAAUAUUCAUACAGGAUCCUAAAACAGGAUACUAGGAGGGGAAUGCAAUAAAUUUCAGAGGUUAACGGGCGACAGUGAUCUGGUAUAAUCUCCAAGCAGAUCAUACGGUGGCAUAUAUCUAUUGGCCAGAUCAGUGUCCAUUAAGCUUCGGUCACAACCCGCCGUAUGUACUUCUGCGUGAUGUCUACGUGCAAAAACGUGGGCAAACGCAGGGCAUCCGU